AUGGCUAUGCUUGCCCGCCGUGCCCGGGCGCCCGCGGUGAGCUGCGAGCGAGACGAGAAACAGGACUGGUUGCGCGGCGACGUUCCGCAACAACAGCGCAUCCUUCAACGGGGGAUCGACGUCGUGACAGGUCACCUCCAAAGCGUAAGCUUAACCGCCUCGCCGGAUAAGCCAACCUACGUAGUCAUAGCCCCCAGACGGGAAAGGGACGCGAACAUCAGCUCAACCCUUCACUUGACUCUCGCGGGCCAACCGAUCAGAUCAGCACCUGAGGUACGCAUCCUAGGACUCCAAUUCCACGAGGAUGGCACCGCAAAGGCUUGGCUAACAAUGGUCACCCAACAGUGCCAGGCAGCACUAAACGUCAUUAGAAGGAUCAGCGGCACCAGAGGAGGCGCUGACGAGGAAGUUGCCCGCCGCAUGGUGAAAACCCUCAUCGUCUCCCGCAUCUGCUACGGUGCCCCCCACUACCGACUUACCAACACACAAUGGAAGAAACUGGAAAUCCUUACCAACAACGCAGCUCGAAUUGUCACUGGCCUCCCCCGAUAUACACCGCUAGACAAGCUCAAGGCACACGCGAAGCUCAACACGGCUCGAGAAACCGUAGAGGAGAGAGCACGAGCUCAUCUAGAGCGACUCCAACACUCAGCCUCCGGACGACAAAUCCUAGAGAUGAUCGGCUCAGAUAUCAGAGACCUUCCCCCUCUCCCGGAGGUUGACCCCCCAUGGAGCGACGAUGUGUGCCUCGUUGACGAUCGACCAGUACCAAGGGGAGCCGGGCCCAGUCGCCCUGGCAAGCAAGCUUGCCAAGUGCGACAGCACUGCAAACUCGUCCAAGAGUGGACGGACACCAAUGAGAAGCUCGCAGUAUACACUGAUGCGGCCUUCGUCUCCUUCCCUAAACCGAUUUGGUCCGCUGCGGUUGUGAUUCCCCGCCUAGGAAUCACCAUGGCCGAAACAUUGCCCGGCGGCACAUCGGUCAAGGGCGGAGAACUUGGAGCUAUCCAACUGGCACUGCGCACCGUCAUCGAGAAGGAAAUCCGACCGACACACCUACAGAUUUUCACUGACUCUUCGGCUGCAUUAAUAGAAUGUCGCUCUCGCCACUCCCCGAACAAGCGAGUUAAGGCAAUCCGAAGGAUGACCUCCGACUUAAUUGCAGCCGGUACAACCAUCAAAGUGUCCUGGAUACCUGCCCACGCAGACAUUCAGGACAACGUACAAGCUCACUGCAUGGCCCGCGCGCAUCUGGAUUCCCCCCGCGAGCCGAGUAGUGUGCCAAGUCACCUACAAGAACACGGGUACUCGCCCCCGCCUGAGAAACUCGACACUGAAAUGCGUCCAGCCAUCCCAACCAAAGACAAACUUCAACUGACGCUGCGGUUUCUUGCCUCAGGCGAGAGUCAACAUUCCCUAAGCAGGCAGUUCCGCAUUAGCCACAGCGCCGUCAACGGAUUCCUCGCUGAAACUUUUGACGCCAUUUACAAAAUGCUGGGACCAAAAUAUCUGGUGUCCCCGCGGACGAAAGAUGAGUGGCUUGCGGUAAUGAAGAACUUUUACGAAAGAUGGCAGUUUCCGCAAUGUAUUGUAGCGCUGGACGUAAAACAUGUCACAAUUAUCAAACCUCCAAACUCUGGAUCUGUGUAUAUUAAUUACAAGAAGACCUUUAGUAUCAUGCUUUUUGCUCUUGUGGACGCAGACAGCAGGUUUUUGUACAUUGAUGUUGGCGCACCUGGGUCUGAUGGAGAUGGAGGCAUUUGGAGAACGACACCACUGCGGAAUGCCAUCGAGAACGGAACAGCCGGUCUGCCGAUCUCAGGACCUGGACCGGUCGGCGUCCCACCCGUCAUCGUGGGAGACGACGCCUUCCCCUUGUCUACAAACUUAAUGAAGCCGUACACUGGUACAAAUUUGUACGAAGAAAAGGUUAUAUUUAACUACAGAUGUGUUGCCUACAUCGUGUUAUUUCUAAACACCGUUUUCCUUAUCGUUUUAUUUUAUUUUUUUAUUUCAGAUUAA